UCCAAAUCAACAUACCCAGCCUUCCAUGGCUUCCACAGUGCCUAAUGAUUCCGACCACACUCUGCUGAGAACUACUAACGACUCUUGCUCCGGCAAGUACAAAGGCGUUCGAAAGCGAAAAUGGGGCAAGUGGGUCUCUGAAAUCCGGCUUCCCAACAGCCGCGAGCGCAUUUGGUUGGGUUCCUAUGAUUCGCCGGAGAAGGCUGCUCGAGCCUUCGAUGCAGCGCUGUACUGCCUGCGCGGUCGCCACGCCAAUUUCAAUUUCCCGGACACGCCCUUGGAGCUGGAGAUCAGUGUUUCUGGUGAUCACCAACAGACUCGUUCCGCUCAGGAAAUCCAGGAGCUUGCUGCUAGGUUUGCCAACGAGCACCAGCAGGACCCGCCGCUGGUUCAUCAGCAAUCAUCAGAUGGGGUUGCUGAGAGUGGCGAUCCUGUGGAGGUAGACACCGGGGUCGGGGACUUGAGGGGCAUUAACGAUUGGUCGUUCCUGAAGUCACUGGAUGAGACUGGCUCCGCCAACUACACUAAUUAUAAUUGUAGUGGUUUCUACCCUGGCUUCGAUAAGAUGCACCCUGGCGUGCGUGCGGGUCACUGAUUUUUUUGCAACCAUCAAUAUAUCCAGUGUGUGGUUGUUUCUUGAUAACAGAUGCCCAUAAUAUUUUACUUUUGUUUGGUUUUGAAUUACCUGUAUACUUUAGUGAAAUUCAUUAGCUCGAUCAAUUAUUACAUAGAUCGAUCUAGCUUUCUUAUUCUAAUUAAAUAAUCAAGUCUCUUUUGA